CAACAACAGACAACCAUGCAGCCCAGUCAACAACAACAACAACAACAGCUCGAACAACACAACAACCACAACGCACACACGAGCGACCCGAGUCGCCACUGCGCCCGCUGCACCACCGAACUGGGUCGCAUCACCAACCGUGGCGCCCCCUGUCGCGUCUGCAAGUUGCGCGUGUGCAAAGCCUGUCGCGAAUUCACAUCGCGCACCACGGACUGGGUGUGCGUGGUGUGCCACAAGCAAAUGGAGAUACAAUCGGCCAGCGGCGAGUGGCUGAAGGACGCCUAUGCCCUGGGAUCCUGCAGUGCCGUCGACCACCUGACCACCAGCGACGUUCUGAGGAAGAGCAUCCGGCGUUCUUGGACCAUAUCGAAUCCCGAGGACGAUCCGAACAAUCCCAACUCACAGCAGCCGGUGGCGGACAACCUAUAUCCGCAGCAGCAGCAUCUGAUUGAGGCACAGUCCGCGGGCAGCUACCCCACCCUGCACCAGCACCACCAGCAGCAUCACCUGCCACAGCAGCCGCGACCCACGCACGGCAUCAAUUACGGAAGUGGCACGGCCACGCCCACGACCAGCAGCAAGUGGCAGCUGGGACGGAGGGUCCUGCGUCAGUCGACGCUUCCGAGUAGCCUGAACAACGACCCGGCUCUCAGCGGCAGUGGCGCCAAUCUGGCCAACUACAAUUCCGUGAAUCUAACGGCGCCCACAUCGCCGCAUCAGCUGCAGAAGAGUCCGCUCUAUCCGAGCGCCUACAACAGCGACGACGUCAUCCACAUGAACACCAUGCCGGGAAUGGGAGUGGGUGUUAGUGUUGGUGUGACGGUGGGUGACUGCGACAACUACACGCAGCAGCAGCAACAGCAGCAGCCGCAGCAACCCCAACUGGAGGUCACACCCACGCAUCAUCGGCUCCAGGUGCGGCGCCAAUCCACGCUGCCAGCUCAGCCAACUCCGGCUAUAUAUAUGUCCACGUCCCCGAACCGGCUGUACAGUCGCUCCCCGGAAAGAUCGCCGGGUGAGCAGCAGCGCUAUCCGCCCUUCAUGAGGCAGACCUCGUUUCCCGAACCGCCCAGCACUUAUCAUCGCACCAAGUUGCUGCCCAGCACGGGAGCACCGCCGCCGACAGUGGCGCCACCACCCCUGACUUAUGAGUCACAAGCGUCCAGCUUGGCCAGCGACGAGCAGGAUGUGGGACCCAUGCCUAAGCCGAGAAUGACACGGCAGGCAACACUACCAAAUCCCGAGCAGCAUGUCAAGCUACUGCCCACAUCUCCGCCAAAGCGACAGACUUCCCCGCAAUUUCGACGUUCGCCGGAAUUCAUGCGUCAGCAAACGCUGCCAAAUCCGGAGGCCUUUAGCAGUGGCAACACACUCACAGUGCACUCUACUCCUCCUGCAAAAUUCAUGCCCAUUUCGCCGAGGGCCAAACAGAAUUUCCUCUUCCCAAGUGUCCCGAAUCCCCGGCAAUUUCUCUCCCAGCCCCAUGUGCCCGCCGUGGGUGGCAUCGAGCUGGGAAGCGGAGGCAGUGUGGCCAGCACCGGCGGCGUCGGCGGUGGUGAGCAGUACUCCAGUAGUCAGAGUGUGAACAUCCAUCACUCCCGUGAUCCGCACUCCAAGAUGAUCAAGGUGCGCAGCCACAGCAACGAGGAGUACUCGAAUACCAAGGGCCAUCCGGAGAACCGUAGAUUGCUGCCGGAGAUCCCAACGGCUGUGCAGCGACCUGGUGGCCGAUCACCCAGUCGCCUGGUGCGCCAGGAUUGCCUGAAGGAGGAGAGAACUUUCGGCGAGGCUAAGCAGCAGUUCCAUCAGUUUCCCGAUGUCACCGAGGAGCUGGACAAUCGCCCGGAAUACGUGGAUUACUUUGGCGACAGUGCCACCAGUUUCUUGGAGUCCGACGAGGUGCAGUACGAGCGUAACUACAAUGCCGGGUUCAGCAGUGAGCCGCGUAUCAUCUACAACAAUGGCUCGGAUGAUGGAAGCUACCAGAACUCGUCCCAGAGACCGAUUUACAGUGCCGAGAACGUCCUGGCUGAUUCGGGUUAUGGGGGAGGAGCUGGCGUGGGACUGGGUGCCAGUGGCGGUUCAGGUGGUGUGCCCGGCUACUAUCCCGACAUGGGCACUCCCCAGGGCUUCUAUGGCGGAGCAGCUCUACCGCGUACUCCUCUAAUGCACAAUCGCCUCCGGCGGCGGCAAUCUAGGGAACUGCAGAUGCAGCAGGAGGAACUGGCCCAACUGUCACAAGUCUCGGAUGCGAGUGGCAAAGGUUCUGGCAAUGAAGGUGCAUCCAGCAGCGGAGGUGCCUCCGAUAGCCAUGCUGCCGAGAGGCGAAAGCCUGAGCAGAUGCGCUCCGUUUCCGAGGAUUCUGGAGCAAAGACCACGCCCAAGCCCGUCACACGCCGAUCCUUCUCGCAUCCCGAAAAGGACACUCAGCCCACCAAGAAAGCUGAGAUAUCGAAAAUACCCAGCCCUCGUCCGCUGGCCGAUAUCCUGGAUAAAACGCGGGGCAACUCGAAGAUCCCGCAGGCGAGGCGCCGCAACAGCCGCACAGGAAUCGGCGAAGCUGAGGAGGGUAGCACGCCCCAGCACAUUUACUCCUUCCAUCAACAGCUUAUGCAUAGAAACUCUGAUUUAGCCAUGCGCCUGAAAAAAACAGAAAUUCCUGUCGCCUCAGUAGCAUCCACAGGGCAGGAGGAUGCGAAGCCCCCAGGGGAAUCCGGCCAAGGAUCCGGAGCGGAGCAGCCGGUCAAUGGCAAGUCCCUCGAGUCCUCGGCCAACAAGGAGGACGGCGAUCCAGGCAGCUCGGCGGAUGCCACCCACACCAGCACUUUGGGCGAACAGGAGCUGCAGAAUGCAGUGGAGGCCGCGGCGGUUGUCUUCAAGAAGGUCGUGCUGCAACGUCGCAAGGAGAAGGAGAAGGCCGCCGAAGAAGGCACGGGGCAGCAGCUGUCCGUGGCUUCCGUUGAUAUCGGUGGACUUGGAGGUGGGGGCGAUGCCAUGGAAACCUCGUCGUCAUCGGAGCUAGACUUCAGGUGUUCCACUCAACACGGACGCCAGCAGCAGCAGUCGCAAUAUAGCGUUGAAGCGGACGAGUUCAAGCUCGUCUUUCUCAACUCGGAUUCAUCAUCGUCCUGUCACGGCGAGGAGGAGGAAGAAGAGGAGGAGGACGGGGAUGAGGAUGACACGGACUCGUCCUGCUCCACGCACCACUGUCACAGCAUUGUGAGCAAUGUGGAGGAUUGCGAUUGGGAUUACUUUGAGCCCUCCAUGAUCUCCACGACCACCACCACGACAACUACCAUGAUUGCCUAUACCACGGCCAGAGCCACGCCCACUCCGCCGCCGCGUGUGAGGCGUCAGUCGAGCGAUAGCGAUUCUCCCCAGGUGCAAAGACGACCCCAGCAGCCCAGGAGCAGCUAUUGUCCCAGGAUCAGAGAGAGUGACACCGGCACCGACGAGGAGUUUGUGCUGAACACCGAAAGCAGUUCGCAGACCAGCUCCGAUCAAACACCACCACCGGUGCCACCACCCCCGCAUCCGCUCAGCAUGAAGACCCGGAUUAAGACGCGAUUCCUGAAAAAUCACCACCACCACAGCCACAACCGAUGCAAUUGCAAUCCCGGCCAGCAGCAGCAGCAGCAGCCGCAACCGCAGUAUGUGCCCAUUCCCGUGCCGGUGCCCAUACCAGUGCCCAUGGCCGCCUAUCCCAACUGGCCAGAGGUGUCGCCCAAUCCACUCCUGGAACAGGACGAGCAGCUGGCCGCCAGUCUGCAGCAGCUUUGGAAGGCGGCCGGUCAUCAACAACAAUUUGCCGCCAUAGUUGCCGCCUACUCACAGCAGUUUGCGGCGGCCAGUGGCAACAUGUUCGAUGCAACGCCGCCGGUGACCAGCAAGAGCUACCAACAACUGCCCACCACUCCGCCGCCGAUGCCGCAACGCUUGCGCGGACUGGGUGGCUUCAAGUCCUCGGCACCGGAGCUGAGCGCCUCGCUGGGAUCACUGAUGACGCAGUCCCUCUGCUCCACCAUAUCCUCCUCGUCCUCGUCGAGCACCUCGGGCUAUGGAACGGCGGGUAGGAGCCUGGAAACGCUGGCCAGUCCAAUGCGAGCUGCCAACUCGAAGCAGCAGCAGCACCAGCAGCAGCAACCAUACCAAGAGCAACAUCAACAAAUGGCCAACAGUGCUUUCAAGCCAAAGCCAACAAGUUUAGUAGCUUCGCGUUCGCCGACGGGUGAGCAACCAGAAACGAGCAACGCGCGUCGCGGCAGCAGCAACAGCGAGAGCGACGACAACGACAACAACAAGAGCAACAGCAACAACAGCAACAACAGCAACAACAGCAACAACAGCAACAACAGCAACAACGCAACGCCCACAACGGGCAGAUUGUGUAAUGUUUAUGAUAAAACCGGCACAGUGCCAGUGCUAGUGCCAGUGUCUCAGUGCGUUCAGGCACAUGUUGCCAGUGUUGUAGAUAAGAGUGCCGCGACAGCAGCAGCAGCAAUAUCAACAAAAGCUGCGGCAGCAACAAUAAUAACAGCGACAUCCACAAAGGGAGCCGCUCUGCCGAGAGUGGCCAGCAAAUACCAGAGCCGAAAUCUAUGCGAAACCCAGCCAGCAGCGGCAACAACACAAACCUACCUGGCCAGUAAACACAGCCACGAAGAAGUGGAAGCAGCAGACGAAACGAAUAUACAUAAAAAUCAAGUACCAGCCGCAGCAGCAGCACCAGCAGCAACAGCAACAACAACAGCACAAAUACAAACAGCAACUAGAGCUGCGGCUCCUGCGAUAAUAACUCGUUUCGGCGGACUUGCAGUCGAAAAUGCUGUUGGAAAUGUGGCUGAAAGUGCCAGUUCCAUUCCCAUUCUCAUUCCCAUUCCGAAGCCCAAACCCAGAGCCCAGCAGCACCCAGAGCAGAUAGAUCAGACUGCCAAGAAUUUGUCCUCCAAUCGACUUAUAGAGAACCACAUCAAGAUGUCCGACGAGGCAUCACCAUCGACAGCAGCCCAUCUGCUGAGCGAGAGCUAUGCGGCCAGUAGUCCCGACGAGGCCAGCAGCAACAGCAGUCAGGAUGGGGAACAGGAGAGAGAGGAUCGGGAGGUGACGGAGAAGGAGAAGGCGGAGCAAAAGCCUCGUAGGACCACGCAAAGAAGCUACAAUGUGGCGGGAAUGAUGGAGGAGCAGCAACUUGGGGCGGAGGAUGCGGUGGAUGCAGUGGAGCAACGCCACCACAGCACCACCAGCGAGUCCAGCUCCAGCAGCAGCUCAAACUCCAGCUCCAGCUCGGAAUCCUGUGACUCCGAUGAUACGGGAACUGUGCGCGAUCGCAGGCCCAAGAGGAGGAGGUUCAACAAGGUGUUCGUGGUGAAUCGCCAGCCCGGUGGCUGGGUGAGACGUAGUUCCUCCACCGAGGGGGAUUCUCUGUCUUCAUCGGACGCCAAUUUGGAUGAUUCCUCCGACAAUGAUACAGACACCGAGCGCACGGACUGUGGCAUUGUGCUCAACUAUGUGAAACCGCUAGAGGAGGAACCCAAGAAAGCGGAGGAGGCGCCGCCAGCUGCACGUGAUUGCCAAUCAAGUGACGAAGACAACAUUAACAAUGAUGUUGAUGAUGAUGAUGAUGAUGAAAGUGAACGCCGUGUUGCCAACUCAAGCGAUGAGCUGGCCAACUGCAUUGUAGUGGUGGGCGGGCAGACGGACGACGCCGCCGCCGGCGUGGUGCUGCACCACAUGCGAUCGCUGCCAGACGUCGAGUUCGAUGGAGAGCAAUCAGAGCGCCGCCAAGCGCAGGCGAUAGACGCCAGCGAUGCCCUCGCCGCCUGCGACGAGCUGCACAGCAUCUCCAACGAUGUCAAUCGAUUGCUGGCGCUGCACAAGCAGAACUCCCAGCUAGAAUUGAAGCUGCAGCGCUUGCGCCAGGGAGUGGCCGAAAUCAAUGAGGAUCUGCAGCUGUCCACCAUGGGUACGGGCACUGGUACGGGCACUAAUGUGGCUGCCACCCACUGCACAACGCAGCCAGGUAGUGCCGCCGGGAAACCCGACGAAUGCAACAGCCCUGCUUCUCGGAAAAUCCCCUCGACCGUGCUAAAUUCUAAUGACGCUGGUCCGCUGGGUCUCACCUGCUUACGCCAGGUAGAAGAGAGAGAGGCAAAGGUAGAGAGAGAGACAGAGACAGAGACAGAGGUAGUGGCAAACAGAGCUGAUGGCAAAGUGCUGGAUGAGCGGAAUGGCCGAACAGCUGAGCAAACCGAGGAGAGGGUCGUCACAUGCAGCCAAGCAUGCAAAAUAAACGACAACAGUGACUACUCGCUGGAUUCACUCUCGGUAACGUCGGUAACUUCGGCAACUUCAGCGAGUUUGUUGGCACCUGAGGAGCAGCCGCUCCAUCAGCAGGUAGAAGAGAGCGCUCGCCUACCUGUCUCAUCCGCUCGCCGCGAGCAGCGAUAUCGCCGUGGAGCGAAUUGGGAGUCAGCGGAGUCGCCAGUCGAACAUGAAAUGUUAAACGUUGCGGUCGCUUCACGUGCUCCGCUCCUCGGCGGCAAUAACAACAACAAAAGCAACAGCAACGAUAAUAGCAAUAACGAAAACACUAACAACAACGACAGCGAACUUGGCCAUAAUAAUAAUGACGCUUUCGCAGCACAAAAUACGAGAAAUAGCGGCUCGAGUGUUGUUGUCGGCCGCGGAAUUAGUGACGUAGUGAGUGUGAAUUCAAAUGUGAGUGGUGAAAACAAGUGUGACUUCGACAAAAUAUUCGGUAGUCAUCAGCAAAACACUCCAAGUGCAGCAACAGCAACAGCAGCAGCAACAGCUGCAGCAGCAGCAGCAGCAGCGACAACUGACACACCUGCAACAUCGGCCAGGGAACUGGCUUCGCCCAAAAAUUCACUUUCAGCCAAGUAUCGCAGUUUGGUCAUGAUCACCAAAGACAAUGAAAGUGCAGCUGGCGAUUACGAAAUGGCAAACAACAGCAGCAACAACAGCAGCAAAUUUAGCCACAGCAGCAACAAAGGCCCGAACAGCAGCAACAACAGCCACUCUUUUGGCCAGAACUUUGCGGGUGACUCAUUUCGCGCCAUGGAGCCAACGGAACUCGUGAGCAGCGAUCGCGAAGCGUACAGUGUGGACUCGCUAAACGAGCCGCCCGCUGUGCCGGAACUCAGCGUGGAGGACGGUUUGGCUGAUGACGACUCCUGGGUGGAGGAACUGAGUCAGCGAGGCGAGGAUGAGGACGAGGAUCUGAGCAACGCCACCACCACACCCACGGCCACAGACUCCGAGGAUGCGGAGGGAGAAGGUGAGGGAGCCCGGCGACAUGGCUAUAUGGAUCGAGAGGAGGAGCUGAGGGGAUACAAUAGGUCCGCCAUCGACUUCACCCUGCACACGAUCGUCGAGGAGAGUUGCGAGGAGAGCGAGGUGGCCUCCAUGCGGGCGGACAACGAAGACGCCGAGCUGGAGGAUGAGGAUAUAGCCGAACGGAGGAGGCAGCGCACCCUGCAGCACCACCACCGACUAAGUGCCUCUGAGCUGGAGAAGUACUUCUUCUUUGGCCUGGGAGAUGGUCGAGUAAUGAGUUCCAUUGAUACGCGCGGCGAUGACACUGCAUCCGAGGUGAGUUCCGAGUGCUCCGAGAGUCUUGACUCCCUGCCGCAUGAGGAUCAGCUGCUGGAUACAAGUGGAGCUUCCGAUCUGGCCUCUUCCCGCCUGGAAAAGUACUUCCUCUCCGGCUUCAUGGGAUUCAGUGGUGCAGAAAAGCAGGCGGAGAGCGAUGAAAGUGGUGGUAGUGUGGGUAGCGACAGUGAAGGGCAGCCGAGUCCCAGUCAGCGGAGAAAGCGACUGGUUAGAGCCAGGGGAACACCAAGGAGUCACAACUCAUCGCUGGAUAAUUUGCUCCUGCCAGAAUCAGACACCCUGGAUGCCACAGUUACGGUUAUUGCGGGAGGAGCAGCUGCAGCCACUGUAGAGGACACCUCGGAGUCGGAGGCGGGCUGCGACGACACUGUGAUUCAUCUGGCCAAUGCCGGAGCUUCCGAUGGUUCCUCCUCGGACACCAUUAAACGCAAGAAGCAACUACGCAAGCGUCACGACUCUCUGGACGAAAAGAAGCUACACGAUCUGGAGCCUUCCGAGUGCCGGACACCCACGCCGGGCAGCAGUGGUCAGGUGCAGAUGCAGUCGCAGGCGAAGAAGCAACAGCAGCAGCACCACCACAGCCGGGACAGUGGUUUUGUGGGCAGCAACGAUGAUCUCCUGAAGGCGGCGCCAGAUUGUGAGCCACCCAAGAGCCCAACGCCAGCACUGGAGCAGAUCAGUGAAGAUCGGGAACCGGUUCACAGUCAGAUUAGUCUGGCCAAGAUGGAUCAGCCCAGCACUUCGGCAGCUGCGGCUGCGGUAGCGAGCACACUUUCCAGCCAACUGAAAAAUCUUGCCCUGCCCAAUCUGGUGCGAAAAGAUAGCUUCAACAACUGGAGCUCCGACGAGGAGACCAACCUGAUGAUGAGCAAGAUGCGGCAGUUCUUCAAGAACCUUAUUGUGGCCACCGCGAAUGCACAGCAGAGCAAGCCCACCACGCCCAAUCAAGGGCCGAGCACCACAAAUGCCAGCACCACCCCCAGUUCCCAGCGCAUAUUGGCCAAAUCCCGGCCAGCACAGUUGGCCUACUUCGAGAACGAGCUGACCCGACUGAUGAAGACCGUGCCGGGCAUCAAUGAUGAGCAGGUGCGCGAAAUAGUGGAGUACCUGAGCAGCGAGGACACAUGGUCUGAUUCCUACGAUUCCUCGGACUACACGAGCUCCGAUCUGGAGGGCGGUGAACGGAAGGGCCAACUGAAGGCCCAGAUCUCCGCCAGCUGCCAGCAGAUCAUCAACAAGUUUGAGAUUGACGAGGAGGGCGAUCGUGGCGAUGGUGGACUGCUGGACGAGAGCCAAAGUGUGCCCAUGGAGGCACUGGUGUACCAGAAAUUGGUGGCUUCCUUUAGCAAGGUGGCGGCGGGUGGAGAGCCAGAAGCAGAAGCCACCAAAGCGCUGGAGGAAACAGAGCCGUCCACGGAAAGAUCCCCGCAACUGUUCGCCAAGGUGAUGCAGCAUAUUGGUACCAGAUUGGUGGCUCUGAUGCACGAAGUGAGCAGUGGCAAUGAAACGCCCACUCCAUCGCCGCAAGGACAGCGGCACCAUCGAAGACUGCAGGCCAAGAUCUCGGCCACCACGACGGAGGAUGAGGAAGAUGAGGUGGAGGAGCAACUGAGAGCCAUGCCCAUUAAGCAGCUAAAGUUGCGCAGCAGAUCCCAUGAUCUUCUGCUGGACGGCACCACGCCGCACUCGCAUCACCUCCACCACCAGGCCACGGUGCAUUACCCAGCCGGCGGAGUGGGAGCGGGCGGAUCUGGCGGAUCUGGUGGACCCGGGCACUCGGACAACGCUGGGGAGGAGUGCGGCGUGGCCAGCGACUACGAGCGAUUCUCGUGGCGCGGCAGUUUUGAGUCGGCAUUACUGGCUAAUGGCGACAGCAGAACGAGGCUCAGCCAGCUGAGCCAACUGGACAGGGAUAACUCGUCGUCUGCGUCCGCUUUGGCUGUGGCAAAGCGCCGAUCGGCAGGCGACCUUCUCUUCAGCCAGCACCAGCAGAGCCUGAGCCGCGAGCAAUUGGACCGCGUUCGAUCCUGCGGCAGCAUUGGUGGCGGCGAUGCCCAUCACCAUCAGUUGGAGUCCUCGCCGGCCAAGCCGUGGCUCUCCUCCGCGGGAUCUUCGAUUGGCGGUGAUUCUACAAAGGAUGUGCGGCGUUCCAGUGUACCGGAUGCCAUUUACGAGACGGACUCCAGCGAUGAGGCAGCCUCGCAUCAGUUUGGCGGCGCCAGGUCCACAUUGCCGCGCAGCUUGAAUCCCAACCAGGUGGUGGCCAGCACGAACUCACUACCCCGCUUACCCACCACCGGUGUGGGUGCGCCCAUAACCAGCACACCCAAGACAAAGUCCCAGAGCGCCCUCAACCACACGCCCUCCAACUUGUCCACCGUUUCGGCCACUGGCAGUGCCAAGAGUGCGAGAUACCGCUCGCCAGGAUUGGCGGCACGAGCAGCGGCCGUCAGUGGGGCUGGAGGUGGCUUAAGUGGUGGCGUUGGUGGUGGUGGUGCAGGUGGUGCUGGUGUGGGGGCCAGCAGUGGUUCCACGGGCAAAAAACUAGGCGCGGGCUUCCAGUUCCUCUACUCCAAACGCGAUGCGCGCAAACGUCUCAACAUGUCAGCUGAGGAAGCCAAAGUGGCCGCCGAGGAACUGUCACGAUCGCCGGUAAUUGGACAACGGCAGGCAGAUGGAUCCGGCAGCCCCAUCCAGUCGCGUGCCUCCAGCGAAACGUGGCCCACUCAGUCGGAUGAGGACAUCGAUCGCCUGGUGGCCAUGCAUCAGAACCGCAGCAGCCUCAGCUCGCUGGGUGUUCGAUCGGAAUCCAUGGCCAGCGUUUAUUCGGGCGCCGGAGAAGGUCGCUAUGGCACCGUGGUGGUCAAGGGUCAAGUGGAGUUCGCCAUGCAGUACAACUACAAGCUGAGUGCUUUGGAAGUGCACGUGGUGCGUUGCAAGGACUUGGCCGCCGUUGAUGCCAAACGCAAUCGCAGUGAUCCCUAUGUGAAGGUUUAUCUACUGCCCGACAAAUCGAAGGCUGGCAAGCGCAAAACCAAAGUCAAGAAGCACACGCUGAAUCCCAUCUUCGACGAGACGAUGCGCUUCCACACACCCAUUUCCAGCUUGGAGUCACGAACAUUGUGGCUCACCGUCUGGCACUCGGAUAUGUUUGGGCGUAAUGACUUCCUGGGCGAAGUCAGUGUCAAUUUGCAGGGUCGCCUCUUCGACAAUCCCCAGUCGCAGUGGUACCUCCUCCAAGAACGCAGCGAACCCUUCGACGAGGUGGCCACCUACCGGGGUGACAUAGUAGUGGGCCUGAAGUACAUUCCCGCAGAGAACAUCAAAUCCUCGUUCUUCUCGCGCGGCUCGUCUAUUACAGGCAGCUCCUCCAAUUUGCGCAAGUUUGGAGGCAGCAUCAAGUCGGUGGCCUCCAAAUCAGAUCGCACUUCAAAGGGCGGCCAGCUGCAUGUGCUGGUCAAGGAGGCCAAGCACCUGAGUCCCAUCAAGGCAAACGGCACCUGCGACGCCUUCUGCAAAAGUUAUUUGUUGCCCGAUCGGACGAGGAGCUCCAAGCAAAAGACGCCGGUAGUGAAACGCACCCUGCAUCCCAGCUGGAACUACACAUUUGUUUACGAGGACGUGUCCCUGGAGGAAUUGUCAGAACGCGCCUUGGAGCUAACCGUCUGGGAUCACGACCGUCUGGCCAGCAAUGAGUUUGUUGGUGGCAUUCGAUUCUCCUUGGGAACCGGUCGCAGCUAUGGCCGGCAGGUGGAAUGGAUGGAUGCCACCGGAAAGGAGCUCUCCCUGUGGCAGAACAUGUUGGAUCGACCGAACUUCUGGGUGGAGGGCAGCUUGGUGCUGCGUUCCAGUUUGGAUGGCAUUCGAGCCAAUUUGCCAUAGGCCAGCAUAGUUUUGGACCAGGACAAACCACAAAAUCGCAGUUAGAAUUGCCAAUGGCAUACUGCAUUGCAUUGUAUUGUAUUAAUUAUGCGAUAAUUAUCAAUUAACGAUCACGUCGACUCUGAGAAGCAUUACUAGCGGUAUAAGAAAAGAAACGAUUGCAACCUUCACAAUUUAGUGUUAAGAGUGUGGAAUGAGGAAUACUGUAUUUCUGAAUACUCGAAUACGUCGGAAAAUGACGCGAUGACGCUGCAAGUACCGCAGAUACGGAAAAGCAAAAAACAAAGUAAUCAAGGCGAGAGAAACUAAGCAAAAAACCUUAUCAAGUUUAUGGCACUAAUUGUAAGCGCAAUUCUCAGCAAUUCGAUGGAGAUAAAAGUUUAAAAACUAUAAAGCGAAACGAUGAGGUCUCAAGGUUGGACCGUCUAUAUAUUAAGACAGUUUGUAUGUGUGUGUUUUUUUUCCACCUCUCCCCUACGAGAGGCAAUCGCAAUUGGCAUACUAUAUGCGCUAAACUACGAUAAAACUACAGAUAAACACUACAGUUAAAACCUAGUUAAAUCGAGGCAUAAGCUUACUAUGUAUAACUAUCCAUAAUACCCGAGAAAUACAAAUAACAUUUUUGUAAAUUCAA